UCGAAAGAGAGCUUGGAAUUCUUUUGUGGGGUUCCAGACAUGUUCUUCCUCAAACAUGCACUCUUUGUUUUGGUUGUAGCCCUGAGUUGCUUGAGCACACAAAGAUUUGCUACUGCUAUUGUGCCUCAAGAUGAAGUGGAUGCUCUUGAGCAAAUUGCCAAGACAAUGGGGGCUACUGACUGGGAGUUUAAUCCCACCACUUGCACAUUGGAAACGGUCGGAGUUAUGUCACUGGAGCCGCCGGCCGAUUCUGUGAAGAACAUUACUUGCAAUUGCCAAUUUGAGAACAAUACCUGCCACAUUGAAGCCAUAGAAAUCAAAAGGUUCAGUCUGCCAGGUGUACUUCCACCUGAGCUGGUUCAGCUCCCUUACCUCCAAAAGAUUGAUUUUGCUUACAACUAUCUAAGUGGGUCAAUUCCAAUCCAAUGGGCUUCAAUGGCAUUGAAGUCUAUCUCUGUUCUUGGAAACCGGUUGUCAGGGGAGAUACCAAAGGACUUGGGUAACUUCAGCAAUCUCACAUACUUGAGUCUUGAAGCAAAUCAAUUUUCUGGAACAAUCCCUUCAGAACUUGGGAAGUUAGUUAACUUGGAAACUUUGAUGCUAUCCUCCAAUAAUUUGAGUGGGAAUUUGCCAGAGGAACUUGGUGGGCUGGAAAACUUGACAGAUUUCCGCGUGAAUGAUAACAACUUAAAUGGAACAAUACCAGAUUUUAUUCAGAACUGGAAACAACUUAAGAGACUAGAAAUGAUUGCUAGUGGACUCAAAGGGCCCAUACCAUUAUCCAUUUCAGUUUUGGAAAAGUUAACAGAUUUGAGGAUUAGUGACAUAAAUGGGACAAUCCAGUCUUUUCCAGAUUUGGGAAACAUGACAGGCCUUACAAGAAUAAUUUUGAGGAACUGUAAUAUUUCUGGUGAAAUCCCUGAUUACAUCUGGACAAUGAAUCAUCUACGGAUUCUGGAUCUCAGUUUUAACAAGUUAAGUGGAGAACUACCCACUGCUAUAAGCACAGCAAGUAUAAAGUUCAUUUUCUUAAGCAGCAACUUGCUUAGUGGAAAUGUUCCGGAGUCAAUCUUGAUCAAAGGAACUAACGUGGAUCUCUCGUACAAUAACUUCACAAGGCAAAGCAUAGAGCAGCCUGCUUGCAACCCCUCCGGUCUGAACUUAAACUUGUUUCGAAGUUCUUCGCAAGAAAGUGGCUUCCAACUUGAUUUAAUGUACAAACAAAGAGUACAGAUAUGGGAAUUCUCUGACAGAUCGAAAGAGAGCUUGGAAUUCUUUUGUGGGGUUCCAGACAUGUUCUUCCUCAAACAUGCACUCUUUGUUUUGGUUGUAGCCCUGAGUUGCUUGAGCACACAAAGAUUUGCUACUGCUAUUGUGCCUCAAGAUGAAGUGGAUGCUCUUGAGCAAAUUGCCAAGACAAUGGGGGCUACUGACUGGGAGUUUAAUCCCACCACUUGCACAUUGGAAACGGUCGGAGUUAUGUCACCGGAGCCGCCGGCCGAUUCUGUGAAGAACAUUACUUGCAAUUGCCAAUUUGAGAACAAUACCUGCCACAUUGAAGCCAUAGAAAUCAAAAGGUUCAGUCUGCCAGGUGUACUUCCACCUGAGCUGGUUCAGCUCCCUUACCUCCAAAAGAUUGAUUUUGCUUACAACUAUCUAAGUGGGUCAAUUCCAAUCCAAUGGGCUUCAAUGGCAUUGAAGUCUAUCUCUGUUCUUGGAAACCGGUUGUCAGGGGAGAUACCAAAGGACUUGGGUAACUUCAGCAAUCUCACAUACUUGAGUCUUGAAGCAAAUCAAUUUUCUGGAACAAUCCCUUCAGAACUUGGGAAGUUAGUUAACUUGGAAACUGUGAUGCUAUCCUCCAAUAAUUUGAGUGGGAAUUUGCCAGAGGAACUUGGUGGGCUGAAAAACUUGACAGAUUUCCGUGUGAAUGAUAACAACUUAAAUGGAACAAUACCAGAUUUUAUUCAGAACUGGAAACAACUUAAGAGACUAGAAAUGAUUGCUAGUGGACUCAAAGGGCCCAUACCAUUAUCCAUUUCAGUUUUGGAAAAGUUAACAGAUUUGAGGAUUAGUGACAUAAAUGGGACAAUCCAGUCUUUUCCAGAUUUGAGAAACAUGACAGGCCUUACAAGAAUAAUUUUGAGGAACUGUAAUAUUUCUGGCAAAAUCCCUGAUUACAUCUGGAGAAUGAAUCAUCUACGGAUUCUGGAUCUCAGUUUUAACAAGUUAAGUGGAGAACUACCCACUGCUAUAAGCACAGUGAAUAUAAAGUUCAUUUUCUUAAGCAGCAACUUGCUUAGUGGAAAUGUUCCGGAGUCAAUCUUGAUAAAAGGAACUAACGUGGAUCUCUCGUACAAUAACUUCACAAGGCAAAGCAUAGAGCAGCCUGCUUGCAACCCCUCCGGUCUGAACUUAAACUUGUUUCGAAGUUCUUCGCAAGAAAGUGGCUUAAGGGCGAUUCGUCCAUGCAUGGAAGAUUUCACGUGCCCUCGAUAUUGGCAUUCUUUAUAUAUCAAUUGUGGUGGAGAUGACAUUGAAGAAAGAGACAUUGUAUAUAAAGGAGAUGCAGCUGCUGACGAUGGUGCUGCGAGAUUCUUUCCAAGUGGCAACGAUAACUGGGGACUAAGUAGCACUGGAGACUUCAUGGAUGACGAUGAUUUCCUAAACACUGAUUACAUUGCAACCUUGCCUUCACCAAACAUCUCUGCAUUGUACACUACAGCCCGCGUUUCCCCUCUCUCUCUUACUUAUUAUCGAUAUUGUUUAGAAAAGGGGAAUUACACUGUUAGUCUACACUUUGCGGAGAUAAAAUUCACAAAUGACAAAACGUAUAACAGUCUUGGGAGGCGCUUAUUUGAUAUAUACAUUCAGGACAUAUUAGUGGAGAAGGAUUUCAAUAUAGUAGCUGAAGCUCCUGGGGUUGUUACACCAGUCAUAAAAAAGUUUAAUGCCAGUGUUACAGAAAAUAUUUUGGAAAUCCGCUUCUAUUGGGCUGGGAAAGGGACAACGCGAAUACCUGCAAUUGGAGUUUAUGGUCCCCUGAUAUCAGCUAUUUCUGUUGACCCCAACUUCAUACCUCGUUCAGAAGGGGGGAAGGCGAAGAUUGCACCAAUUAUUGUAGGAGUUGUAGUACCAUGCCUCAUAUUCUUGGCAUUGGGUAUCUUUUUGUGGAGACGCUAUUUCAAAGCAAAGACUGGGAAAGAAAAAGAUUUUAAAGGACUAGAGCUCCAAACAGCUUCUUUUAGUUUGAAGCAAAUUAAUGUUGCCACCAAUAACUUUGAUCCUGCAAACAAGAUUGGAGAAGGUGGAUUUGGUCCUGUUUACAAGGGCCUGUUAUCCAAUGGUACUGUAAUUGCUGUAAAGCAACUCUCAUCUAAAUCAAGUCAGGGAAAUCGCGAAUUUCUGAACGAGAUUGGCAUGAUUUCAUGUUUGCAACACCCAAACCUAGUGAAACUUUAUGGCUGUUGUAUUGAAGGCAAUCAAAUGUUGCUCGUAUAUGAAUAUAUGGAAAAUAACAGCCUUUCAAGAGCCUUGUUUGGCUCUAAAAACCAUCAGUUGAAAUUGGACUGGCCAACAAGGCAGAAGAUUUGUGUUGGAAUAGCAAAAGGCAUAGCUUUUCUCCAUGAUGAAUCGAGACUCAAGAUCGUUCACAGAGACAUAAAAGGUACCAAUGUUCUGCUUGAUAGGGACUUAAACCCUAAAAUUUCUGACUUUGGGUUGGCUAGGCUUGAGGAAGGUGAGAAAACCCACAUCAGCACCCGAGUAGCUGGAACGAUAGGAUAUAUGGCACCUGAAUAUGCUCUUUGGGGUUAUUUGACCUACAAAGCUGAUGUUUACAGUUUUGGAAUUGUGGCAUUGGAAAUUGUUAGUGGAAAGCACAAUAUGAGUUAUGGGCCAGCAAGUAAUUGCGCUUGUCUUCUAGAUUGGGCCUGUCAGCUGCAGCAAAAUGGAAGCUUAAUGGAGCUAAUAGAUGAAAAGCUUGGAUCUGAAUUCAACAAGGAAGAAGCAGAAAGGAUGAUUAAAGUAGCUUUCUUAUGCACUGAUGCUUCACCCUCAAUAAGGCCAACAAUGGCUGAAGUGGUAAGCAUGCUGGAAGGAACUUCUACCAUUCCAGAAAUGAUUCCUGAAGCAAGUAGUUAUAGUAAAGAUUUAAGGUUUAAAGCUAUAAGAGACAGUAAAAGCCAGAUACAUAGCCAGAGUUUGGAAGGGAGUCAGGCUCAUGUUUCAACAUCAGUUGGUUCAUGGCGUGGCUCUUCCUCCACUUCUGCCCAUGACCUCUAUGAAAUUACAGAUUUGGGUCCAAGCCAUGGGGGAAACUUCAUACCUGCCUCAAUAAUUCUAAGUACAACAGAACAUCUACUCUUAACAGAAGGAAAGCUUGGAAUUUGGAUGCUUAUAAUCAAUCUUUUCGGGUUUCCAGACAUGUUCUUCCUCAAACAUGCACUCUUUGUUUCUGUUGUAGCCCUCAGUUGCUUAAGCACACUAAGAUUUGCUACUGCUAUGGUGCCUCAAGAUGAAGUGGAUGCUCUCCAGCAAAUUGCCAAGACAAUGGGGGCUACUUACUGGGAGUUUAAUGCCACCUCUUGCAAAUUGGAAACAGUCGGCGUUACGUCGCCGGAGCCGCCAGCCGGUUCUGAGAAGAACAUUACUUGCAAUUGCCAAUUCCAUAACAAUACCUGCCACAUUGUAGCCAUAGAAAUCAAGAGGUUCAGUCUGCCAGGUGUACUUCCACCUGAGCUGGUUCAGCUUCCUUACCUCCAGGACAUUGACUUUGCUUACAACUAUCUAAGUGGGUCAAUUCCUAUCCAAUGGGGUUCAAUGGAAUUGAAUUUUAUCUCUGUUCUUGGAAACCGAUUGUCAGGGGAGAUACCAAAGGACUUGCGUAACUUCAGGAAUCUCACAUACUUGAAUCUUGAAGCAAAUCAAUUUUCUGGAACACUCCCUUCAGAACUUGGGAAGUUAGUUAACUUGGAAACUUUGAUGCUAUCCUCCAAUAAUUUGAUUGGGAAUUUGCCAGAGGAACUUGGUGGGCUGAAAAACUUGACGGAUUUCCGUGUAAAUGAUAACAACUUAAGUGGAACAAUACCAGAUUUUAUUCAGAACUGGAAACAACUUGAGAGAAUAGAAAUGAUUGCUAGUGGACUCAAAGGCCCCAUACCAUCAUCCAUUUCGGUUUUGGAAAAGUUAAAAGAUUUGAGGAUUAGUGACAUAAAUGUGACAAUUCAGGCUUUUCCAGAGUUGAGAAACAUGACAGGCCUUACAAGAAUAAUUUUGAGAAACUGUAAUAUUUCUGGUGAAAUCCCUGAUUACAUCUGGAGAAUGAAUCAUCUACGAAUUCUGGAUCUCAGUUUUAACAAGUUAAGUGGAGAACUACCCACUGUUAUAAGCACAAACACUAUAAAGUUCAUUUUCUUAACCGGCAACUUGCUUAGUGGAAACGUUCCGGAGUCGAUCUUGAAGAAAGGAACUAACGUGGAUCUCUCAUACAAUAACUUUGUAAGGCAAAGCGCAGAGCAGCCUGCUUGCCAGACCUCACAUAUGUACUUAAACUUGUUUCGAAGUUCUAUGCAGGAAAGUGGCUUAAGGGCGAUUCGUCCGUGCAAGGAAGAUUUCAAGUGUCCUCGAUAUUGGAGUUCUUUACAUAUCAAUUGUGGUGGAGAUGACAUUGAAGAAAGAGACAUUGUCUAUGAAGGUGAUGCAGGUGUUAAUGGUGGUGCUGCGAGAUUCUUUUCGAGUGACAACGAAAACUGGGGACUAAGUAGCACUGGAGAUUUCAUGGAUGACAAUGAUUUCCUGAACGUUCGUUAUAUUUCAACUCGGCCUUUACAAAACGUCUCUGCAUUAUACACCACAGCUCGCAUUUCUCCUCUCUCUCUUACCUAUUAUCGAUAUUGUUUAGAAAAUGGGAAUUACAAUGUUAGUUUACACUUUGUGGAGACACAAUUCACAAAUGAUACAAAGUAUAACAGUCUUGGGAGGCGCAUAUUUGAUAUAUACAUUCAGGACAUAUUAGUGGAGAAGGAUUUCACUAUGGAAGCAGCUGAACCCCCUACUGAUGUUGUUACACCAAUCAUAAAAAAAUUUAGUGCUAGUGUUACAGAAAAUAUUUUGGAAAUCCGCUUCUAUUGGGCUGGGAAAGGGACAACUCGAAUACCUGCAACUGGAGUUUAUGGUCCCCUGAUAUCAGCUAUUUCUGUUGACCCCAACUUCACACCUCGUUCAGAAGGGGGGAAGGCACUAGUUGUUGUUGGAAUUUUAGGAUUCUGCAUCAUAUUCUUGGAAUUGGGUAUCAUUUGCUGGAGGCGCUAUUUCAAACUAGAGGCUUGGAAAGAAAAAGGUUAUGAGCAAAAACCACUAGGAGGCUGGAAUGGGGAUAAGAAUAAUUAUUGAGUCUAUGGGCAUCAAUUAAAUUUUUAUUUAAGUGUUGUAGCACAAGACUUAAAUUAUUAUGAAUGAUUUUUUUUAAGAGUAAAUGUAUUAUAAAUUCUUAAGUCAACACGCCAAAACUAUAAAAUCCCUCAGUUUUUUUUC